CGACCGAGCAGUAUAUCUUCGAAUUAAAUAAAAUAGCCGCCAAAUGCGAGUUUGGAGACUUACGUGAUGGUUUAAUAUGUAGCAGGUUCAUCUGUGGUGUAAAAGAAGUGACCUUAUCGGAACGGAUGUUAAGAGAACCGGACAUUUCCCUAAAGAAAGCAAUCGACAUAUGCAAGUUAGCGGAGAUGUCUAAAUUGCAGGCAUUAAAUAUAAAAACAAAUAGUGGUGAACAGCAUGUACAUGAAGUUUCACAGGGCACUAAUCAAUCAGGAACAACAGCCUGUGACGUGCAUAUAGUAAAUAAACGUGGUAAUACCUCAACCGCUACAAACCGCCCGCGCCGGCCGCCUCACACACCGACGCGGUCGAACAUGCCCAGUGGUGCGCGAGAGCAUCAGACAUAUUAUCCCAGAUCUUCAUUUUCUACUCCUAACUCCAGAGAUAGGACAUUCAAUCGUUAUGGCAAUACAUCGCAGCGAGUGACGUCAAAUGAACCUCAAAGAACCUUUAACGGCUGUAGCAAUUGUGGUCAUGCACAUAGAAGGAUGGAGUGUCCCGCGUUCGGAGUACGGUGUAACAACUGCAAUCGGAUGAAUCACUAUGCGCGGAUGUGUCGAUCGUCGCGUCAAGUGUUUCAAAUAGAGGAGGACUCCACCGAUCAGGACAGUGCGACCUCCUGAUCGGUGGGGAUACCCCUACACGUCCAACGCGGUCAAUCGGGUCACGUGAGCCAUUUUUUUUUUCUUCUGAUAAUUUUCAUUAGCCUACCUAUAUCUUACACAAACUGUGUACGUAAUCAAUAAGAUUUGAAUAAAACAAUAGUUUUAUUAGUAUAAGUAAUCUGUAUUCGGAGAUGAUAAUACCUAAACUUUUUGUUUACGUCAUAAGAAAUUGCUAAAGUAAAUACUUAAAACUUAACAAUUACAUGUAUUUACCU